UGAUUGACCUAAGCUUUGAGAGCUCAGACCCGAGUUCUACUGUCAUUGACGACGUCACUUUGAUAACUUGUGGUAUCUGCGCGGAUCUCACCACACGUAAACCUUAUAACAAACUCUCCCUGCUCACUUAUUAGCAGCAGGAGAAGCUGCAGUUAUCUCAGGUCUUGGCAUCAAAGCACCUCAAGCACUCAAAAAGAUCACUGCAAGAAUGGCCGCCAAAAAGCCAGUCAACUGGUGGCUCUGGACCAAGAUGCUGCUCGGUGGAGCAGCAAUCUGCGUCGGCGGUCCUGCAUUCACCUACUGGCUCACCCCGACAGACGAGGAGCUCUUCCAAAAGUACAACCCGGAGCUGCAGAAGAGGAGUCUGGAGAGGCGGUUCGAGCGUCAGCAGGAGUUUGAUGACUUUGUUACCAAGUUGAAGGAGUACUCCAAGUCUGAUAAGCCAAUCUGGACGGUUCAGGCCGAGGCCGAGGAAAAGGAGAGACAGCAGCGGGCGUCGGUGCAGAAGAGUCUGGCAUUGGCGGAUGAGGUGAAGGCUAGGAAGGAGGCUAUGAGGCGUGAGGCCGGUCUUCCGCUUGAGAAGUAGUGGUUGGGCUAGCUUACGUUGAGAAGUGGUCACACGUAGGCGGU